AGAAAAUUGAACUCAAAGGUCGAAGUCGAAGUCGACGAGGAGCAUUGUCCCGUGGACAUCCAUGCAAAUAGAGAGGUCUAUACACCAAGCCCAAAUGGAGGGGAGGGAUGGAUGUGUAACAGGGUCAUAGGUCAUAAGAGGACAAACAGUUGCUUCCUACAACUUCAGCAUCCUGUCCCUACUUCCUCACUCAUUCCUUCCUCUUGUCAUCAUAUUCCCGUCAGUGUCAGUCUGUCGCCCGUCCGCAAGGAAACCAAAGAAACAAACACCAGGACCGAGAGUAUUAGAACAACAACACCAUGGCACGAUGGGAUCUGGACAAUGGACGGGCACGCAUUUGCUUGAUUCCUAUGCCAAGAAUCCCUCAUCUUAGGGCCAAGGCACGCGACGCAGCCGUCUAUCUCGCAGGAGCAUUGUUUGCUCUUGGAUGGUGGUUCUUCAUCGAUGCUGCUGCACUGUCUAAGAACUUUGAAGGUGACGAAAAGUCUGUCUCUGUCGAGUUUGUUGACUGGGUGCCUGGUAUUUGCAGCACUCUUGGCAUGAUCAUUAUCAAUUGCGUGGACAAGGCAUCUCUUCGAGGCGACUCGUUCGCGUUCUCCAGUGAUGGGGGCACCAGUGUCGCCUGGAUAGCAAGAGCGUUUUUAUUCAUUGGGUUCGCCUUUAUGGCCGGAGGUCUUGCCGGCUCGAUCAGCGUGAUGUGCAUAAAGUACUUGAUUCCUGAUUACGGGGAGCCCUUUGCAUUCUGGGGGAUCUGCAACGUGGUCCAAAAUGCGCUUAUCAUGAUCAGCGCCGCGAUGCUGUGGGUAGCAGAGAACACUGAGUCCGAGUACGAAUACAAUUUUGCGAUCUAGAAGAAGUCUAGUGAGCACAACGUGUGCAAGCCUAGUGACAAAGAACCAUAAAAACCACCGUUCAUAACGUUCGAUCGACUUCUCCUAUUUGGAAGCGCUCAAUGACAAGAGCCGCCGAUAUCCCUCAUUUUGAUGGCAAGUGCGAUCAAACAGCAGAAAAAGGGAAAAAAAAAAUCAAUAAGCCAAGGCAGGCUUCAUGCGGAUGAUGAUGAUACGGGCCAAUAAGUCCAAGACCAUUCGGUGCUGCGCUGUCCACACAUGCGCCGAAAUCGGAUUUUUUUUUCACUUGCUCAUGCAGGCUGUGCCAAGGUCGUCAAAAGAAGUAAUUAAAGCA